GCAUGCAUUUCGGCGCGGGAAAUUGGAUUCUUGUUUUGGAGUAGCGCACGUAAGAGUACCAUCCAGGGGAUGCUCGGACUGGACCAGCCUACAGAAACAAUUGACAGGUUGUCGUGCGGGCCGGAGCAGGAGGGCUGGCAGUGAGUGGAGGAUGAGCAGCCCAGGACCGAGCAGCGGAACUCCCAACCCAACCGACCCCUUCGACGACCUGUGGAGGCAGCUUCGAGAGAACCACCGUGAAGCCCUUCAAGAACUGGAGGAAAAAGUGAGCAAGUUGAAGAAGGAGCGCUAUUUAGAUGCUCAGAGUCUUGAGGUGUUUCACUUUCGUACCCAGCAACUCAAGGAGCAAAUCAAAACCCUGCAGGAUGCCGUCACUCGCCUCGAGAUAAGGCUCGGUACAGGAGAUUGUGAUCGAUGUGCCAUCUUGCAGGAGAACCUUAAAAGUAACCAGGAUCAGAAUUUGCAUCUCAUCGCCAAACUGAGCAAUGAAACGGAGAGCCUCGAGGAUGAAAACAGAAAACUAAAUGCUGAACUGCAAAAUAUAAAGAUAUCUCGCUUAGAGCCCCAGCAGCCUUCAUCCUCGGACCAUGAAGAAGGCGUCAUCCCAGACUCACCGAUCCUGCCAAGCUCGCUGCCUGUUGCAAACAAACUGAGGAAAAGAAAAGAUAUCAACAAAAUUAAGCACGUUCGUUAUGCAGAGAUGCCUCGAGCAAACAAGUCGCCUUUCAGUGUACUGGAUAAGGAGCCUGUUGAUGCUACAAAGAAUCCCGGAAGAGCACAAGUGCUUGUACCCAACACAUGUGAAUUGGACACAUCCCAAAUCUCAAAUGACGUGAAUCUGAACCUCGAAGAAGCGGUUGCAGAAACCUGCGGCCUCGAACUUAUAGACAAGCCUCACAUGAAACCUGAGAAAACUGCAGGCCAGCAGAGCAGGAAGCUUGGCUUUGGUUUGAAACCUCACCGCUCAUCCCUUCGAUGCACCAUGUUCCGGAGUCCAGAGAAGACCACAGGAAAGUCCCCAUCACUUCUCCAAAGUGUCAAACGGUUUUCAGAGGAUGGAGCCAAUAUCAAAGCAAAACGGAUAAAGGAGGAGAGUGAGCCAGAGGCCCGAGAGGAGGACAAACAAGGAAUCCAGGAAGGGAAGGACAAACCGAAGGAAGGCAAAGAAAUACAAGCUGAACUGAUCAAAGGAAGCUCCAUGCCUUUAAGCCAUCAAAGCUGGAAGAAGUGUCGGGUGGACAGCAAGGAUCAGUUGACACCGAGCGUGACCUGCAGCCUCAAGCCAAACGGGUCCUCUCCCAGUCCUGCCUUCAAGAAGCCACAUGUUCAAGACAAAGCAAACAGGGACAGUGUUGGGAAGAGAAGAAGUCCCCAGCAGGACCUGAAUGCCUCUGAAGGACAUGAAGCAGGAAGGAGGGUCAAAGUGGCGCCCUCGUGGAGCAUUGACCCUGCGCUCGCCCUGUCCAUGUACGACAGUGAGCGGAGAGGAGACGAGGAAGACGAAGAGGAGUGUCAUGGUGAAUUACUAGAUUCCGACCGCACUUGGGUCAGUCACAGUCUCCUCCAGUGUCGGGGAGAAAAUGCCCAAAGGGACAACAGUGUGUCAGCUGAAAGGUCUUGCGUCUCUCAUGCGGCUGCCCUUCCAGGACUCGGGGAGAAGGCCAACGACAGCUUGGAUAUGAUGUUUGACGCGACGGCUCACGGGGAGUACAAGUCUUACAACAACUCCCACUUAGGCCAGAGCCAGCUGAGUGGUGGAGGAGAUCAAGAAGGAGAAGAUGGAGAUGGGGACGACGAUCCUCAUGAAAACACGAUGAGCGAAGGUUACGGGCACAAAGCGAGACGUCCAACAUUUGCACAUAUGGCUGUGAUUCGCAAGAAAGACGAGAGACAGAAACUGAAGGCCACGACCUGCAAGGAAUGUGAAAUUUAUUACGCCCAUCUCCCAGAAGAGGCAAAGCAGAAAAAGUUGUCCGCGUGCUCGAGGCACCGGUAUCUAUACGUUCCUCCUUGCACUCCGGAAAACUUCUGGGAAGUUGGAUUCCCGUCAACUCAGACGUGCAUUGAAAGAGGUUAUGUCCGGGAAGAGGAGAAUCCUCAGGCUCGCACUCGGAGAAGACAACCCUUCAAUGCUUUAUUCUCCCCCAAGCAAAACCAGCAGCAGAGCUAAACGGGAAGGAGCGCGUUGAUGCGAGUCCAGGGACACGAGUUCCAUGAGCAGCAGGCCGUCCUGCGUUGGAACUGCACCACGAAGCAUUACAGUGACCUUAUGAAGAAUGUGGCCCGUCGUAAAGUUUGUGUUUUCAGUCUACACUGUCGAUGUUCUGUAUUUAUGUAUCGACUGUUUGACUGGUUUGUGUUGAGGUGAGAUUUACUACAUUGUGAGUGUGCUUGUAAAUAAAUAAAACAAUACCAUGUC